AUGCCGCUGAGGCCCUUCAGCUGCCCGCGGCCGGAGACGCGGUUCCUGCGGGCGGGGAGGCUGCUGUACAAGUUCAAGCUGCGCUAUGGCUGCUCCAGCAGUGCUGCGGAUCUUGACCUCCCUGAGAGUGCUGCCCAGGAGCUGGAGGAAGCCAUCAGAGUCAUCCUUGGCAACCUCCAUGGGCUGCAGCCCUUCUCCACUGAGCACUUCACUGUCUUCCCCUAUCUGAGCAGGUGGGAGAGAGUGUCCAGGAUGAGGUUCAGGCAUGAGAAUGUGCAGCUGGUGCCCUACCCUUACACCUGCACCAUGUACCUGGAGCUCAACUCCCAGCACAAGCUCUCUGCUGGUAAGUCCUCAGCUUUCCUUUGGAGGGUCAAGAGAAGAAAGGAACUGUUGGGAAGCCCUGCAGUGGGAGUGGUGGUGAAGAGGAGAAGAGUUGAAGGUGGAGCAGAGGCCUCCUGCCCACAGCUGGGUCUGGAGAGGGCUGGAGCUGAGUGUCUUCACCACAGGAGCAGAGCAAAGCAUGGACUGGAGGUGAAUGCCUCCAGGGAAGAGCCUGACCUGAAGCCAAGAUCCCCUGCUGAGGGCUGCAGCCAGGGCAGGUGCUGGGGACCUGCAGGGUCUGACCUGGACCAAAGCCCAGGAGCUGGCCAGGCUGAGGGUGCAGGGCAGCUCCCCCAGCAGAGGAACCAAGUGGUGACCAAAGGGAACCUGGAGCCAGCAGGAGAAGGUCUCUCAAAGUUCUGGAGAAGCAGGAUCUUCUCACCACUGCAGCAGCUCUUCGGUGGCCACAACUGAGCCUGGAUGUCCUCUGCUGGCUUGGAG